GUCUGCAUGGCACCCAUCGGCCAGCUCUUCAUAGCGGCGCAAGAUCGAAAAAGCAGCAGCCAUCCAGAGACUUUUUCAGAGCGAGCUCGAGUGGUGAACGGUGAACCUGAUCCCAGCUACAGCAGCUAGCGGCAGGCAGCAAACAGGUCGACCGGCAUGGGCCGUUGGUUGAAGCCAGAUGUGUACCCGCUGAUCGCGGCCAUGUCGUUCGUGACGGGGAUGUGCGUGUUCCAGCUCACCCGGAACGUGUUCAUGAACCCGGACGUGCGGGUGAGCAAGAGCAACCGCCAAAGCGCCGUGCUGGACAACGCCGACGAGGGGCGGCGCUACAGUCAGCAUGCGUUCCGCCACUUCCUCAGCACGCAGCGCCCGGAGGUCUUCCCCGCGCUCAACCGGUUCUUCUCCGAGUCGUCGUCGUCCGCCGGCGACAAGUGAUGAUCAGAUAAUCAGACGACGACGCGGCGUCGAUGCCUGCUGCGGCGCGCAGUGUUCGCCGUCGCGGCGGAGCGCUGCUCCGGCGUUCAGGUCGAUCGUACGGGCGCGUGUGAAUAUUGGUGUGCGGGUGCGGGCGUAAGGGUGUGCCUGGAGUCAUGUUAUGGUGUGUGCCGAAUAAACUUGGGAUUUGUUGGAGUCAUGUUAAUUCUUGACGAUAGUGAUUGUUUCUUCCA